AUGGUAAAAUCGCAGCUGCGGGUGUACAGCCGGCUCAAGCCCGUGGAGGCCGGCGAGCAGGAGGUGCCGCACCGGUUCACGCGGGGCAGCAAGUCCAGCCCCUUUCCUGAGCUGCACGAGUUCAACUUUAACCGGGUGCUGGAGGCGCACUCGCGGCAGAGCGAGGUGUUCGAGACGGUGGCCAAGCCGGUGGUGCUGAGCUGCCUGAACGGGUACAACGGCACGGUGUUCGCCUACGGGCAGACGGGCUCGGGCAAGACCUACACCAUGAGUGGGUCGGACCGCUGGGAGGAGCGCGGCAUAAUCCCGCGAGUGCUGAGCCUGAUCUUCCGGGAGUUCGAGGCGCGGAAGGAGGACGUGGAAUACCGGGCGCACGUGUCCUACAUGUAGAUCUACAACGAGAACGCGUAUGACCUGCUGGACAAGAAGCGCAACCUGGACUUCACCAUCGAGAACUGGAGCAAGAUCCAGCUCUACGAGGACGAGGAGGGCAACUUCAACCUCAGGGGCAUGUCCGUCCACGAGUGCCGCACCGAGAAUGACGGCAUCGAGUGCAUGAUGGCUGGAAACUACAUCCGCCAGGUCAGUUCCACCCCUCUCAACCAGUGCUCCUCCCGCUCCCACUGCGUCUUCACCAUCACCCUCGACGGCCGCGAGCUCAAGUCCGGCACCCGCUUCACCGCCAAGCUGCACCUGGUCGACCUGGCCGGCUCCGAGCGCAUCUCCAAGACCCAUGUCGAGGGCACCUUGCUCCACGAGGCCAAGCACAUCAACCUCUCCCUCACCUACCUCGAGCAGGUCAUAGUCGCCCUCAACGAGCGCCGCAGGGCCGGCGGCCGGGCCCACGUGCCCUACCGCAACUCCCUCAUGACCACCAUUCUCCGCGACUCCCUGGGUGGUAACUGCCAGACCGUCAUGAUCGCCACUCUCAGCCUCGACCUCGAGAACAUCGAGGAGACGGUCUCCACCCUGCGCUUUUCGCAGCGGGUGGGCAUGCUCGAGAACGAGGUGUCUAAGAACGAGAAGGCGCCGAAGGCGAAGUCCCUUGAACGGCUGGCCCGUGAAAACGAGGAGCUCAAGGCCCGCCUCGAUCAGCAGGAGCAGCUGCUCCGGCAGCAGGCCCGGCCGACCGUGCCGCUUUCCGAAGAGGCCGGACUGCGGCUGGUGGGGGACUGGCUGAACGAGGCAGUAGACCUUGAGGUGCACUCUGCGGAGUAA